AUGUCUGAGGGCUAUUAUAAUUCGAAGAAGACUGAUGAUAUCUGCGAGGAUGUUUGUGGAGAGCAGGGAGCGCCUGCAGCCCUGAACAUGUCAAGAAGACUCAAGUGUGUUUUGCGAGGAUUGGACUUCAAGACUUACAUGUUUAUGUUUGUUAUCAUCCCAAUAGGUGUCUUUUUAAUCUAUUUGCACGGCCAGAAAAUCUCGUACUUUUUUAGACCACUCUGGGAAUCUCCACCGAAGCCGUUCCAUGAAAUUCCUCACUAUUAUCACGAGAACGUGUCGAUGGAGUCUCUUUGUAAACUUCAUGGGUGGGGCAUUCGUGAAUCGCCCAGACGUGUCUUUGACGCUGUUUUGUUUAGCAAUGAAGUUGAAAUGCUUACUAUCCGAUGGAAAGAAAUGUAUCCUUAUGUUUCACAAUAUGUGCUUCUUGAAUCAAACUCAACGUUUACGGGAUUCAUCAAACCGUUGGUUUACGCGCGCAAUAGGGAUAAGUUCAAGUUUGUUGAGCCACGUCUGACAUAUGGCGUUAUUGGUGGGAGGUUCAGGAAAAAGGAAAAUCCGUUUGUUGAGGAGGCGUAUCAAAGAGUUGCAUUGGAUCAGCUUCUGAGGAUAGCAGGCAUUGAAGAUGAUGAUCUUUUGAUAAUGUCGGAUGUUGACGAGAUUCCUAGUGCACACACGGUUAAUCUCUUGAGGUGGUGCGACAAAAUCCCUCCGGUUCUUCAUCUUCAACUGAGGAAUUACUUGUACUCUUUCGAGUUUUUUCUCGACAACAAAAGUUGGAGAGCGUCAAUCCACAGAUACCAGGCCGACAAAACAAGGUAUGCACACUAUAGACAGUCUGAUGUACUGCUAUCAGAUGCUGGGUGGCAUUGUAGUUUCUGUUUCCGCCGUAUCAGUGAGUUUGUGUUUAAGAUGAAAGCAUACAGUCACUACGAUCGGGUGAGGUUCCCUCAUUACUUGAGCCCUGAGCGGAUACAGAAUGUGAUAUGCAAAGGUGCUGACUUAUUCGACAUGCUUCCUGAAGAGUAUACGUUUAAGGAGAUCAUUGGAAAACUUGGAGCAAUUCCACAUUCUUAUUCUGCGGUGCAUCUUCCUGCAUAUUUAUUAAAUAACGCAGAGAGAUACAAGUACUUGUUACCUGGUAACUGCAAAAGAGAAAGUGGCUGA